CAACACGCUGCGCAAUUCAUUACCUGGUCUAUUCUGAGCCUUCACGAUCGACACCUUCUCAAUGGCGACUGAGACCCAUCCACCUCCAGCUCUCACCUUUCCUCGCCCCAUCUUCGCCGCCGUCUCUCCACACCCGUUCCUCCAAGCGCACCUCUCUGCUGAGAAGAAGAAGCCCGUACGCGCCAACGGCCGAACCGCCAAUGAGUUUCGAACACCAGGAGUAAACACCGGUAGCUUGACACAUUGCAAUGGCAGCGCAGUCGUGCGCCUGGGCAACACAAGCGUGGUUUGCGGCGUACGUGCAGAAAUAUUGAAAGAGGAAGACAUAUCAGGCGCCUUUGAAUACCCCAAAGACCUGACAGGCCAAGGUGAUACAGCGCAAGAAGAUGAUGGCGAGGAAGUAGAAGAACUGAGGCUGGUGGUUCCAAACGUCGAGCUUUCUACUGGAAGCACACCCUCGCACAUUCCGGGCAACGCUCCCUCAACAUACGCACAAACACUCAUCACGCGGAUACGAUCGCUUAUUCACUCAACACGACUACUCCGCGCUUCAGAUCUUCGUAUUCUAUACAAACCCUCUACAAACCCCGAGGAUCCUGAUGUGGAAGCGGAAACACAGUUGAAGGGGUACUGGGUUCUGUAUCUAGACAUCUUCUUCAUAAGCAUCGAUGGAAAUGCGUUUGACGCAGCCUGGAUAUCUAUGCUGGCCGCUUUGUGUGACACUCUUAUACCACACGCAUACUACGACGAGGAGUUUGAGGGGAUAUUAUGUUCCGACAAUCCACAAGAAGCACGUCGAUUGCGAUUACAAGGUCUGCCAAUACCCAGCACAUAUGCGGUGUUUGAGGGCAGGAAGGAAGAGGAUGAAGACGUAGAUUGGGUACUCAGCGAUCCCGAUGCUUUCGAGGAAGGAGUAUGCAGAGAGACUGUCAGUGUAGUUGUAGACUGCCAGGGUGGGAAGAGGGGAACGAAAGAUUUGGUGAUUCGGAGGGUAGAGAAGAGUGGAGGGGGUGUCGUUGGAAGGGAGCUAAUGGGCGGUUUGAUUAAGAGGAGCAUUGAUCGUUGGGAUGCUGUCGAGGCUGUGUUGGGCGGCAAAGCCUGAGCGAUGUUGCACCCGCCAGUGGAUAGCGUGGAAUAUGCAUUCAAAGCUUUGAUUGCUUUUGUGCACAUAUUAUGGGUGCGAGCAAGGUAACAGAGUGCAGGCUCGUGGCUCCAAGCGUAGAGUUGCACGAUACAGUGGUAGGUAAAGCUAUAUCAAAAAUCCACUUCACGGCAGACUCAACCUGUUCGAGUAUGGUCUUGGUAUGUUGGAUACUGGGAGGAAUAUCAUGGCAAGACGGGUUUGUGUGUGCGUAUACAUAUGUAUGUACAAAUGACAGUGCCACAGGGAAUGCACAUGUACGCACUGUGAAGCGAAGCACGAAGCGGCACGGCAUAGGCUAUGUGCAGAUAGAUGGAUUCAAACAGCACAUAUUAUGCCAGGGGAACGAUAUCACAUGA